AUGAAGGUUUCUCGACCGUCGCUUGUCGCUGCUAUUGCCUGUGCCAGUAUCUCCCAGGCCGCUGCGAUGGAAGUCCCCACCCUCAAGUGCUACUACGACGGCAGCCACGACUACACGGUUACCAGCGCCAGUAGCUACAAGGCCUUCACGGACAACAUCUUCGGCUCCUCGCCCUACCUGUUCGCAGAGUUGUACGCCGAUGGAACCUCAUGCGGCACCUUCAAGAACGCGCUCGUGUACUCGCUUGACGGCAAGUGCCACAACAUCGGAGACACCGACAUCGGGACACAAGUCACUCUCAACUCGGACAACUCAGUUACGUUCCUGCAGGCAGCCGACACCAGCUGCAACCAAAUGGACUCGUCGACUACGGACACGAUCACGAGCGACAAGAUCAACACAAACGCGUGCGUUGAGAGUAGCAUGAAGCUGUACAGCAACGUUGGGGGCACACCGUCUCGACGGGUGAUGCAUCCGAUGCAUCGUCCCACCGCUUUGCCACAUUCGCUACAGUUCUAG